CUUGGAUAAACCAACUCGCGUAUUUGAAGAACACAAAAAAAAAAAAAAGAAGAAGAAGAAGAAAACAAGAAAUCGAAUAGAAAUCUUUCGACACAUUCUUGGUACCAGCUCAGGCCAUUCGAUUCGACAUACACAAAACUCGAUAUCGAUAUGGCGCGAUGCAGUAGAGGAAAAGGGCCAUGGCAUCGGCUCGUCGCCGGUGCCCUUGGUAUUAUGGCAUUGGCAGUGCAAGGUGUUGUGGCCGAGGAUAUUCUCAAAACUAGCGGCUUCAGCAACUGCGGAACCACACCUACCGUGGAGGUCACGAAGAUGGAAAUCACUUACAACGCCUCGAACAAGACCGUCAUUUUCGACAUCAGCGGAUCAAGCAGCAAAUUACAGAACGUGACGGCCUCUAUUAACGUAACCGCUUACGGCCAGAGUGUCUUUUCCAACAAUUUCAAUCCUUGCUCUGCUGCCACUUUUGUAUCCCAAUUGUGUCCAGUCCCUGCCGGCACCUUCUCCGCACGAGGUCAACAAGUUAUUCCAGCUCAGUUUGCCGACGCCGUUCCCGCGAUUGCUUUCCAGAUCCCCGAUAUCGCCGCACUCGCCACUCUCGAACUCAAGUCCUUGGGCGGGGGAGGAAAUGUGGCUUGCAUCAGGUCCCAGGUGUCAAACGGCAAGACGGCUAGUGUUCCCGCAGUUUCGUAUGUUGCCGCCAGCGUAGCCGGUGCGGCUCUUGUCAUGACUGGAGUCUCUGCUAUGGGUGCCGCAGUUGCGGGUGGAGGUGGUGCCGCAGCCGGCAGCAGUGCGGCUGGGUUCGGGACCGUCAGUCCCAGCUUCACCGAGGUUUUCGGAUGGUUCCAAGGUCUGGCUAUGGAUGGCAUGCUCUCGGUUGCCUACCCGCAGGUCUACAGGAGCUUUUCCAAAAACUUUGCCUUCUCGACCGGUCUCGUCCAAUGGACCUCAGUCCAGGUUGCCAUCGACAACUUUCGCGCCAUGACCGGCGGCAACCUUACCGCCGACAGCGUAGAGGCCCUUCGCAACACCACCCUGGUCUUCGAUGACGGCUCGAUCCAAGCUCCGUCCAGCAACGUGGUCAAGGUAAAGCGAGCGUUUGAUGACCUGGUCAUGCUUGCGGCCAGGGAGAUCGAGACGAGCAUCAACACCACCGCCCCAGCAUCGGGCCAAGAAAACUCUGCCAUGCCCGAAAGCCUGCGAUCGACCGUCACUGGCAUCCAGGCCUACGUGAACCAGCUGUCUAUUCCUUCCGCGAACACGUUCAUGACGGUUCUUUUGAUUGUGGCCAUUGCCAUUGUUGCCAUCGCCGUCGGAAUCCUGCUGUUCAAGCUGAUACUUGAGUUCUGGGCUCUCUUCGGAAACUUCCCCGAGUCUCUGAUUGGAUUUCGCGAGCACUACUGGGGCUCAAUUGCGCGCGCCAUCACUUCGCUCAUUCUGUUGCUCUACGGCGUCUGGGUCCUGUACUGCAUAUUCCAAUUCACACACGGAGACUCAUGGGCUGCCAAGACGCUUGCCGGAGUGACACUGGCACUAUUCACUGGUGUUCUGCUAUUCUUCUCUUUCAAGAUCUGGUACACUGCUCGCCAGCUUAAGCAGUCGGAGGGUAGCGCCAGCGGACUUUAUGACCAGAAGAGCAUCUGGGUCAAGUACAGCAUGUUCUACGAGUCUUACAAGAAGGACUACUGGUGGUUGUUUGUGCCGACAAUCGUCUACCUUUUCGCAAAGGGCGUCUGCAUUGCUGCCGGUGAUGGACAUGGGAAGGUCCAGACCAUCUCCCUGCUCUGUAUCGAGGCGUUCAUGCUUGUCAUGCUCGUCUGGAACCGACCAUACGAGCGAAAAUCCGGCAACGUUAUCAAUGUCAUCAUCCACGUAGUCCGCGUCCUCUCAGUCGUGGUCAUCCUGGUGUUUGUCCAGGAGUUUGGUAUAAAGCAAACGACGCAGACGGUGGCUGGUGUCGUUCUCAUUGUCAUCCAAUCCACUUUGACCGGUGUUUUGGCAAUUCUCAUUGCUUGGAAUGCCAUCAUUGCCUGUUGCAAGGCUAACCCGCAUCGCAAGCGCAGAAAGGAGCUCGAAAAAAUGCGCGAUGCUGACACGCUCACGCCCCUUGACGCACGGAACUCCCUUCUCCUGGACCGACCCAAGACGGAAGGCAAGGAUUCAUCUGCCACAUUUGCCGUUGCCAACACGGCCUUGGAUGAAAAGUCGUCACUUUCACCGCCACGUACCAUGCCGGAUAGACAGCUCAGCCCUGGACCUCGAAGCCCGUACCCCGGUGAGAGGCAGUCUGCGGGUGCCGGAGACACAUUCCGGGCCGACACAUUUAGGCCCCUUACACCGCAGUCCCAGUACGAUGACAAGGACAAUCUUCUGGCGGGAGCCGCACCGAUAGCAGCGGCAGACAGCAGGCAGCCUACAUUACCCGCUCUUGGCGGUGCCCCUCGGCCGACGAACAACUACAACCCGAGAAAUUAUAUACCGUCGGGUUACGGGGGCGGCUACAACCAGGGUGCCGACUAUAAUAACAACGGCUAUGGCUAUGGACCACGCAGUGGCUACUAAGGUGUGUGUCAGGACUGGUGCAACGGGGGUUUGGAACGAAGCCACGUUGAGGCUUCUUUUUUCCUUGGUCUCCUGGUAUUUUGUAUGAUGCCAUCUUUCUAACAGCGAGCAUUCAUUGUUGAAUAUGGUGUGUGUAUUUUUAGCCAUUCGUUCAUUACGUACAAACAUACCCCUCACGACGAGAAUCUAUCUACUUGAACUACUUAUCCAGA